CUUGGAACAAGCACAAUGUCAUUGCUGCGACUGCCUCGGCUGCUUCUGCCUCGGCUGCUGCUGCUGCCAUUGCUCGUGCUCUUGAUCUUGGGUCGUCAUGUGUCACCGCGCUUCGAUGCCGCUGAUGCCCAAACAACCGCGUUCCCAGGCAUCACUGCCAUCAUCACGGACUUUGCGCUGCAGGACGCACCAGAGCGUUUCACGCCAUUCAUCAAUCUCGCCAUUGCUGAUUUCCAAGCCAUGACGGUGCCGGACUCGCACGCGUCCAAAAAGUGUGUGUACGAGUACACGAUCUACGGCAGCACCGCCGUCAAGAACGCGCAAGUCCAGUCGCUCAAGGUGGUCAUUCUGAGCACCACGACCAUCCAAAUCACAGGAUCCAUCUACGCGACGAUUGAUGUCAAGGUGGACGCUGCCUGGGUUUGCCUCUUCAUCCACCACACCUGGUGCAACAACAUGGUCCAGUCGUCGGCCACCGUCGACUUUACGAUCGACUUGACGUUCGCCGUCAGCGCAUCGGGCGGCAUCACCAUCACGCCGAGUGUCGUCUAUACCGUGGACGGGUUCCAAGUGACUGGCUGCAGCAAGCUGGACGCGCUGCCUGGGUUUAUCCGAACCUACCUUGUCGACGAGCUCGAAAACAUGAUCACCAACGAGGUGAACAAGUACAUUCAAAAUCUGGAGCAACCGUACGCAGUUCCACAAUUGUUCAACCCGUACGCCGACAUUGUCGUCUCGUACCAGUUCAAUGCGCUCGACCUGACCCCGUCGUCCACCGGCAACGGCAUGAUCAAGGCCAAGGCGACCAUGAGCGUCGGUGUUGCCGCUGUGAGUGCUGCCGACAUUCAGUGGUUUCAAGUCACCGACCCCGUCGAUGCCACGCUGGCGCCGCCUUUUGACUGGACGACCACGCUCAACCCCAACGCCACCUCAGACCGGAGCUACUUGCUCGAAGGUGUGCGAUUGUCCAGCACGCUCAUUCAGGCGAUUUGGUGGGCCACCACCGAAGCGGGCGUCUUGUCGUUUCACGGUUCUGCGCAAAUCAAGGAUGCAAACACCACGCUCGAUUACGACUUUUCCGAGCCUCUCACCGCCAUUCCAGCCACGGAUAUUAUCUCCUUUGAAGUGGCAAGCGGCUUUAUCAACAUGACCUGCCGCGACCGAUCGACCAACAUUACGUCCGCCAUUCUCGCCGCAGACUUUGAAAACUUGCUCGGAAACGCAACCGUCUACUUUAGUACCAGCAAUCCCAACGCACCGGGUAUCGCUGGCAAGCUGCUCGACUUUGACACUUCACAGUUGGUCGUCCAGAUGACGGCGCCUGCCUUCCCCUUCCCGCAGUCCUCCAUCACAGAGCUGGUCGCGGGGUUGAUCAAAACCCAGCUGGACAAUCUCAACGCCCUGCUGAAGGACACCCCGUUUGUCAUCCCGCCCCCGUACAAUGUCUUUUUCACCAAUGCAGAGGUGCAUGCGUACAACCAGCAGGGCAAUCACGGCUACCUAGACAUGACGACUUGGUGCGAUUGCAACGAGUUUGUCAGCCAUUGGCCCACCUGUCACUUUUCCUGCGGCUCCGGGAUGCUCGCCAGUGACGCGCUUGAAACCGAGUCCGAUGUCGACGCCACGCUUGGCGCCAAGAAGCCGGAGCCGGGCGCAUUGGACGCUCUUCUUCCGCCCUCCGUGUCUGCUGCCACGCGUGGCCUGUACAUGUCUGUAUUUUCGUCUCUGGCCGGCGAUGGAUCGAAUGCCGAGUGCACGAUGAGCAAUCUUGGGGAUGAACUUGAUGUGUGGGUCUUGCCCGAGACAGCGAACGGCGCUUGCGCGUUGCUCUACAUGGCCGAUGACGGAAACACGACCACAUCAAUGUUCUACUCGCUUCAGCUGGACGCUUCCGGCACGCAGAUUCAGCACUUGUGUCUGAACAGUCCGGACGCCUCAUGCCACAGCUGUGCGCUGUCGCUCUCUGGCACUUCCUCUGACUGGAAACACUGCAUUGCCAUGGACGACUCGACAUCCAUCGUGCUGUCAUUGCCGUCCUCGCCAUGCUUCGGGCCCGCCUUGAACCCACCAACAAGCGCAGCCUUUGCCAUUGCGUACAACAUGACGACGACUUGCGCGCAAGACUUGACCGUCAUCCCAGCAGCAGCCACAAUGGUGCUCCAGACCUGGAACAUUGGCAAUGUCGUCAACAAUAGCACAACGCAAUGCCUGAUGCCAAAAGACGACGUCAACGGCGACUACUUUCAGCUGACAAGCUCUGGGUAUGGCCAAACGCGCACAUUCACCGUCAGCGCCUUCUGUGGUCCCGGGUGCGACCCGAUUGGCUGCAACCUUGCCCUCUCGAAUGUGUUGGCAAACCAGUGCGUCUCGACCGCCGUCUCGCAGUCGUGGUAUGGCAUGGCCCAGCAGCUCGUGCUCGCCCCAGCUGCGAUGCAGUCGUGUGCCGUCCCAUUGCCCCCACCAGGUCCGCUGGUGCCUGUCUACGCGGUGGUCUUGCUUGUCCUCACGGCCUUGGUGAUUGUGGCUGCUGUCGUGUACAAGUACCGCUAUAGGAUUCGCUUCUGGAUUCAAGAGGCUGGCCCGGUGGUGCGCUCUGCCAUGCAAACUGCUGGCCGCGCCGUUCGUGCCGCAUUCCUCUUCGCGCUUCAGUCCUGCCGAAACCUUGUUGUUGCCACGUAUGAAUGGAUUGUCGAUACCGUUGGCAAGCCGACCAACUUGAUCGGGACGGAUCGCGAAAACGCAGUACUUGCCUUCUUGACUGGGGCUGUCUUCCUCGGCACCGGUCUGAUGUGCUUUGUGAACAAUCCACUCGCGGCACUUGGCACGUCCGCCACUGUGCAAUCGCUUGGCGUCGAUGCGAGCGAUUUCAACAUGCAGCCACUUCGGCAGCUGUCGGAGGAUUGGCCGCGCGCCCAGACCGUUUUGUGUCUGCUGACUGCGGCACUUUUUAGCCUGCUGUGCAUCCUCCGCUUCUCAACCAAGCGAUGGUCUACGGCAGAGUGGACCCGUGCCUUCUUUGCGACGGCGUUGGCCACGAUUGUUUGGGGCGCGCUGCUGGUUGUCAUUCCGGGCUUUGCUUUCGAGUUUAUGACCGCCCUGACCCUCACUGCCAACAACAGCACAUUCAUCCAAUCCAACGCCAACCUGCGCGAUGGGUUUGACACGUUCGUCGGGUACGGCUUCACCUCGAUCGCCAUGUCGUUUGUGGCCGAUCACGUCCUGUUCCUGGAAACUGCAAUUGCUCCAGCCUUCUUUUUCGCGCUGGCCACGAUCGUCUGGUGGGCCCAGUCGCACGGUGGUUUGACGCACAUGUCGCUCAAGCAUGCGAAUCGCAAAAGUCUCGGACGGGCGAGUUACGUGCUGAUUGACGACGACCCUGGAAAAAUGGGCAACCUGGUGGAUGAGGACGAUGCAGACCUCGGGGACAACGAGUACGAUACUCUGGCCGUCUCCGUCGUGUACAUGGGGGAGCCAAACGAUCUGGAAGCGUCGGCCGUUUGGUCGUCCGCUGGCAGCCAAGCCGACAGCAGCGAUGGCCAGAAUAGUAUGAGUCCCAGCGACGCCACGGCUGUCGCUAGUGGCGUGGGUGCUGGUGCAGGUGGCCGAACGCGCGCCUUGGCCAAGGUUGUCGCUCGUAUGCGCAUCCAGGCCAAGCUGGUCCAUUUCAUCUUCCCAGUUUCCAAUAGCAUCACCAUGGUUGUCGUCUAUCAGACUGUCGGUGCCAGUGGCAUGUGGGCCGCCGCUUGGUUUGCGCUGUGGCUCUGCUCUGCCUUCCUGACCUACCGACUUGACGCCGCCGUUCGCGAUGCCCUGAGAUUGUCCCAACCCGUGUCUGGCAUUUACAUUUUCCGCAUGGUCGUGUUUUAUCUCAUUGUCAUGGCCUCGUGUAUGGGCGUCAUUCUGGAGGGGCAAGCGAACGUUUCCAACAACUCGUUGGACACUGAGCUGCCAUUGAUCUUUUUGUUCACCGGCUGUGCCGCCAUCUACUCGACUCUUGUGUUUUAUGCACGCCUCGUGUGGCUGCGCGAGCAAGAGGCCAUGGCCGGCGAGAUACAAAAGGUUGGCUAUCUGAGUCGAUUGCUGUGGAGGAUUUCCAAGAGCUUGAGCAUUUUGCUCUAUCGAGGCAUCGCGUGGCCAGCGGCCAAGCUGCGCGAUCUGAUUGCCCUCCUGGCUCGCAUCGUCGGUUACAUUGUCGUCGGAACGGCUCGUCUUGUGGCAAAAAUGUCCAGUGUGUUUGGCCGCAGCAACAACAACGGCGACUCGCCUGCCGCCUCGCCCAGCAAACCCAGCCUCUUCCGCAAGGCUACUGUUGCCACAGUCUACUUUGGUCGCAAAGCAUGGCACCUGAUUAGCGAAUUUCAAGAGCAGCUCGAGCCGCUCCGCUGUGGCCUCCGCAUUACCGGUCGUCGCGUUUUUCUCGUGACGGGUGUGCUGUUCUUUGCUGUCAAGGCGUUCUCUGAUCUCCACGACUGCCUGGUCAGCUCGUUCAAGCAAGAGUUUAUUGACGAGCUCAGCUCGAUGGGUAUUGUUUGGCCAAACAACUCUGCUGGUGGCGAUAUUUUCGAUCAUGCCUUCGAGCUGCUCGAGGAGAGCAAAUGGGCUUCUCUUGCACUGUUGCUGCUUGGCUGGGUCAUCUUGGUUGCUUCCAUGGUCUGCGAUCUUCGCUGGCGCGACUUUUACGGCCUGACAUGGAGCCGCCGUUUGGGGUUUGCCUCGCUGCCCAUCUUGUACAUUGCUUCCGUGGCGCCCGUGCUGCCAGACUACUUGAAUGCGACCAAGAUCGACAGUUUCUGCCCCGAUUGUGGCCCCCAGUUUGACGCGAUGGUCCACAAUCUUGCAGGCGAUGCCGUCGGCCUGGUUUGCGGAGGCAUUGCGAUCGCGACCAUGCUUGCCCUCCUGCUGCUCGUAUCCCCUUCCCUCGUCCGCGCGUCGGCCCUGCUGCUUUUGAGACUCAUCAAGUGGGAGCACAAGUCGUUCUGGGCGCAUUUGGAGCGUGAAUACGCGAGGUACGUGGUCGACGAGGCGCGACGAACCGCAGAGUACCGCGAGAUUGUGCUCGGCGAAGCCUUCUCUCCAGGCUGCAUUCAAGACGGGUAUGAGCCCUUGCCUGGUUCGGCGUCUGCCAACAAUGGUGACCUUCCAGGCGAGCCCUUGCCCGUGGAGACCAAGCGCGCAUCGUACAUUCGACCGGAGGAAAACAUGCUUGGCAGCGACGUUUCGAUCAAAGCUCCGCUUCUCGGCUUCAAGCCAAGCGAGCAGCUGUCCAUCCGAGCGGAAAGUACGCGCUUCACUGCAGCGGUGCCAGAUGUGACAUCCGUUCACAAUGCGCAAACGUUCGCGCAUCGCUCCAUUCGCACUCUCCGCGGCUUGCUAUUCGUUUCAGCGCUCGUGUCUCCGCUCAUGACGCUCCUUCCAUUCAUGUUCCUCUACCAGCUCUUCCGCGAUCAAGUGCUCCUCAGUCUGCUGCUCGUGUUUUGGACGGUUCCAGUCUUCACCUUCAUCGGAUUCAAGACCAACCAACUCAUGGUCCGCUACUUUAGCUAUCUGGUUGCUUACAUGUUCCCGCUGAUCGGAAUGGCCGUGUACAUUGCCUUGACUCAAGACUUUGUCGACGAGCUGCUGAGCUUUUUGAGCGAUCCAACCGUUUAUGUCGAGCUGUGUGCCGAGAUUGCGAUUGCGAACGUUGUGUUGUCUGAUUUGCUGGUUGUCUGGUUGCUGUAAGUGUGCCCGAUUCCCCCCCCCCGUUUUGAGUGUGUGUGCGUGUGUGUGUGUGUGUGCCUUGCUGUAAUUUUUUAAAAUCAAAACAAUCGAUUCAUUGACAA